AUGGUGUGUGUGUCAGUUCUUAGAAAAGCAGUUUCUGUCUUUGGCUGUAGAACAGAAACUAUCUUUGAUCUCCUGGCCGCUGUUCCUGCAGGGAUAGUCAUAAGCAGUCCUUCGGGGGCUGUGGUUCAGUGGACCGUACCAACAUACCGAAUACCUCGUGCAUGCUUGACAGAGUGUCGAGGGAUCUUGGACAAUCAUCAGAGAUUUUCUUCAUUACCAACAUACCUACGUGUGAGCUAUCGGAUAUUCAGUGCUGAGACAUCUUUCUUUCUCAAAGAAGCCAACCAGGACUUUAUGAGAAAUUCCAGUUUGCAGUCCAGGGUGGAAUCAUUCUUCCCAUAUAAGGCCAAGAGACCACCAAUAUUAAAUGCCAGCUAUGGACCUUUUUCUGUUGAACAAGUUGUGCCCCAGGACCUAAUGUUAACUUCUGACUUUUUUGGAUCUGCCAACAAGUUUACUUAUAACUGGAAGCUUAAGGCCUACAUAAUGAGCGACAAAAUUUACGUGAGCAAGCCCAAAGUCCAGGUCCUGUUCUACAUCGUGGGCAGGGACUGGGAUGACUAUAGCACCACGGAACGGCUGCCCUGCCUGCGGGUGUUCGCCUUCCGAGAGACGCGGGAAGUCAGAGGCAGCUGCCGAGAGACGCGGAAAGUCAGAGCCAGCUGCAGGCUGAAGGGGGAUCUGGGGCUGUGUGUGGCAGAGCUGGAGCUCCUGCCAAGCUGGUUUAACCCCCCCACGGUUGUCACAGGCCGCAAGAAGCCACCGGAUCAGUUUGAAGGGAGCCCUGUGGAGCUUUACUAUACUGUCCAACUGGGAGACGAGAAGGGAGAGUGUACUGCUGAGGAUAUGAGGAAGGGAAAUUCUAUCCGGCCAGGAAAAGACGGUGUGGAUGAAACCAUGUCCCACUUACAGAGGAUUGGAUCUGUGAGCCUCUAUCGAGGCCAGGAGACUUCUCAGCUAAUGGAGCUGCGGCUGGACAGUAAUAUUGCUGUCUGGUUGCCCUCAAAGCCUGUCAAACAAGGAGAGGUGGUGAAUGUUUAUGUGACAAUUGCCAACAAUUCUACGGUGGAUCAGUUCAUGCUCAGGGCAAAGGUGAAGAAAGGUGUAAACAUUCUCAGUGCAAAGACAAGCGACCCCCAGCAGUGGGAUGUGAAACAAGAGGUGGGGAAUGGUGGAAAGCAUUCAACCACAACAGUUAUUUGUCAGAGGAUAGCACCAAGUUCAAGGAACAGAAGUAACAGUUUAUUCAAUGAGGUCGUGCAGAUGAACUUUGAAAUAGCCAGUUUCAGCAGCCUUUCUGGGACGCAGCCCAUCACCUGGCAGGUGGAAUACCCUCGGAAGGGGACAACAGACAUAACCUUGUCUGAAAUCUUCAUCUGCCAGAAGGAUCUGGUUGGAAUUGUUCCAUUGGCCAUGGACACCGAAAUUCUGAACACCGCAAUUCUCACGGGAAAAACAGUGGCAGUGCCCAUCAAGGUGGUCUCCAUUGAGGAGAACAGUGCUGUGACAGACAUCUCUGAAUCAGUUGAGUGCAAGUCCUCUGAUGAAGACGUCAUUAAAGUUUCUGACAGAUGUGACUAUGUUUUUGUCAAUGGCAAAGAAAUGAAAGGCAAGGUGAACGCGCUUGUGAACUUCACGUAUCAGUAUCUGAGUGCUCCUCUGCAAAUCACAGUCUGGGUUCCACGCCUGCCUCUUCAGAUCGACAUUUCGGACACAGAACUGAGCCAAAUAAAAGGGUGGCGAGUCCCAGUUGUUUCCAACAAAAGACCCACCAGAGACAGCGAUGAUGAGGAUGAAGAUGAGCGGAAAGGAAGAGGAUGCACUCUGCAGUACCAGCAUGCCAUGGUGCGAGUCCUCACGCAAUUUGUAGCUGAGGAUUCUAGCCCUUGGGGUCAGCUGAGCUACCUGCUGGGUUCAGACUGGCAGUUUGACAUUACAGACCUGGUGAUGGAUUUUAUGAAACUGGAGGAUCCUCACAUUGCCAAGCUGCAGGAAGGCAGGAUUUUGAUCGGACGGGAAGUAGGAAUAACAACGAUGCAGGUUUUGUCUCCUCUGUCUGACUCCAUCCUGGCAGAGAAGACAGUGACUGUGCUAGAUGACAAAGUUACCAUAACAGACCUUGGAGUCCAGCUGGUGGCUGGGCUUUCACUCUUUCUUCAGCCAAGUGCAGCAAGUAGUCGGGCUAUUGUGGCUACAACUGUUGCUCAAGAGCUGCUUCAUACUCCUAAGCAGGAAGCUGUAGUAAGCACCUGGAUUCAGUUCAGUGACAGCUCUGUUACUCCGCUGGACAUUUAUGACUCUAAGGACUUCUCCCUUUCUGCUGUAUCAUUAGACGAAGCUGUUGUCUCGAUCCACCAGAACGCUGCCUUAAAAUGGCCAGUUGUGGCAGCAGAAGGUGAAGGUCAGGGUACGUUAAUCAAGGUGGACAUGAUGAUUUCUGAAGCCUGCCAGAAGUCCAAGAGGAAAAGUGUCCUAGCUGUGGGGAACGGCAACAUCAAAGUCAAGUUUGGCCAGAAUGAUGCAGACUCUGAUACAGGUGGAGAUUACGAUGCUGAUGAGAUUGAAAACCAUGCUAGCGACCGGCGGCACAAAGUGUCAGAUCAGGAACGGUAUGGCCAGGAUGGACGGUAUUAUGGUAGCUCUUCAGCAGAGCGAGAGGAAGGUGCCAUCAGGAAAGUCAGCACCACAGCAAAAUCCGUAAUUAAAAAUAAAGUAAUUAAAAACAAUAGGCUGGAUGGUGGCAAACUCCUGGAUGACAGCCAGCUGCAGAACAUUCCUAUAGACUUCACCAACUUCCCUGCUCAAGUAGACCUCCCAAAAGGCAAUGCGGGCAUGGAGGAAAAUGACCUGGUGCAGACACCUAGGGGCCUUAGUGAUUUGGAGAUCGGGAUGUAUGCUCUGCUAGGGGUCUUCUGCCUGGCAAUUCUAGUCUUCCUAAUAAACUGUGCAACGUUUGCACUGAAGUACCGUCACAAGCAGGUUCUGGUGGAAGGACAGGCCACCAUGACCCAUUCCCAUGACUGGGUCUGGCUGGGAAAUGAAGCAGAACUGCUGGAGAACACAGUAGAUGCAUCACCUCAGCAGGAUGAGCACACAACUAUUAUCGACCGAGGCUCAGGUUGUGAGGAGAGCAACCAGCUCCUCAAUGGCAGUGCUCAGAAGAACAUUCAGAGCCAGGUUCACAGGUGUGCUGACUCAGGGGGCAAGCUAGGAAAGGAACAGAAAUCUGAACCUUUACAUUCGCCGACAUCUAAACGGAAGCGGGUAAAAUUCACAACAUUCACUACCAUCCCACCUGACGAUGGUUGUCCUACUGUCAACUCAAUCCUAAGUAGCAAUGACGAUGACAUUAAGUGGGUGUGCCAGGAUAUGGACCUGGGGGACUCCAAAGAGAUACGAAACUACAUGGAAAAGUUCAAAGACAAAAUGUAG